CCGGCUCUUUUCGCCCUCAUCUACAGUAUUAGAGAAAGCUCUGCAUCUAAGAGAUUGCCAAUAUUACUCCUCUCAUUAAGUUUAGUAAUUGAGAGGUCAUUCAGUGCCUUUAUGCGCAUUAGUAGGCAAAUGCGUUCAUUUUUUUAUGUUUCCUGAAAAUAUUAUAAUUAUAUGAACAUAUAAAUCUGUUAAUAUUCGCCAAAAAUAUUAUAACAUAAACAGUAUUUUACAAGAACAUUAAUGGACAUUUUUGGAAAGAAAAACAUUGAAUUUUUUUUUGAAUAAGUAAGCUACUUUGAACACUAAAAACAAAUAUUUGAACUUAUAAAAAUAAGGUGAAGCAAAUAGUUUCAUGAUGAUUGGAAAAAUGUUGUUCUAUAUACUGGUGCUAAGCAUUCAUUUAAAAGUUUACUUCUGCGAAAAUCAAUACUUCCGUGUUCGGCCAACAGAUCAAGAAAGCAAAGAAGGAGAUGAAGUAGAGUUUAGGUGCCAUAUUGGCAAUAGAGCGGGUGCUGUUCAAUGGAGUAAAGAUGGGUUUCUUUUAGGUUUUGAUCCAAAAAUUCCAGGAUAUCCCAGAUAUUACAUGGAAGUAAAUGAAGAUGAAGGUGUAUAUAAUUUGCAGAUAAAAAAUGUCAGAUUCCAAGAUGAAGGUGAAUUUCAGUGUCAAGUCGGACCAGCUUUGAACAACACACCAAUUAGAUCUGCAGCUAAAUUAAGAAUUCUUAUACCACCAGAUUAUAUUUCUGUUAAUGGUUUGGGACAAUCCUCCACGAUGGAGGUAAACGAAAAUACAUCGGUUCGCCUUAUCUGCCAAGCAGUGGGAAGUAAACCAGCUGCUCUCUUAAAGUGGUACAAAGACAAUAAAGAAGUGCCUAAAGAAUCCGUCCAUUAUGAAGAAAGAAAAGGAAAAACAAGAUAUACGGCAACAAGCUAUUUAACAAUACAUCCUCUGAAGCAAGAUAAUGGAGCAAAAUUUGCAUGCGAAGCCCUUCACAAAGCUCUUGAUCACAGAAUGAGAACGGAUGUUACUUUAAGUGUCUUACACUCACCAGCGUUUCCAAGAAUAGAAGGGUACACAGAAGGAACCAUAGUGAAUGCUGGGGAGUCAAUAACAGUAGUAUGCAUUACAGAGGGUGGCAAUCCUCCUCCACAAGUAAUUUGGUACCGUGCUAAUGUUCAGAUAGAUGCAACGUACUUACACAUUUUGGGGGAAGACGUCACUACCAAUAACCUUACAUUCAUCGUAAGUGCUGCAGACAACACAGUAUCAUAUUACUGCCAUGCAACAAAUGCUGCCACAAAAGAACCUUUAAUUACGUCUGUCAAGUUAAGCGUUUAUUAUCUUUCAAACAAAAUGUGGAUCCGUGGUCCUUUUGAAGCACCACGUGGAAGCGCAAUAACUUUAAGUUGCAUAACUGAUGUUAGCAAUCCAAAAUCUGACUUAACGUGGACGAUUGAUGGAAAAGAAGUUAAUGCCGGUGUUGAAAGCGUCACACGGACUGAUGACGGAUGGAUUACAACUAGCAACUUAACAUUCACUCUGUCCAGGCAGGAACCGGAUACAAAAAUAUUUUCUUGCUUUGCAAAGAAUCCACACGUGUUUGGGACAGCAUCUGCAACGCAUAAACUGCUCGUUGUGUAUCCUCCAAAACCUCCAAUAAUAUUAGGCUAUGAUACAAAUACAUCCCUUAAAGUAGGGGAUAUACUGAAAUUAAACUGUACAUCAGAAGGAGGAAAUCCUGCAGCAACAAUCAGAUGGUUUAAAGGAGAUCGAGAAAUCAGCACCCCUGUAAUCACUUUCGGGUCGUUUGCGUCAAGUGAGCUUCUCAUUAGAGCUCAACUGAGUGACAAUGGAGCUUUCUAUCGUUGCGAAGCCAACAACUCUGCUUUGAGAGAACCUCUUUCCGCCUUUGUUCGAACUUCAGUUCUUUUUUCUCCCGUUAAUGUGACCAUACAAGUACAUCCAGUAGAUCCUAGAACAGGAGAAAAUGUAACUGUCACGUGUGUCACUGCAAGCAGUAAUCCAAAGUCAAAAAUUACUUGGUUAAAAAAUGGAAAACAACUAGAGAAAUACGUAGAAGAGACUACUAGCUCAGCUUAUGGUGGCUUCUCUACAAAAAGCAAAAUAUCUUUCUUAGCUUCUGCAAGUGAUGAUAAUUCACAAAUGUCUUGCUCUUCUAAGAUUGAACAACUCAAAUCUGUUGUUACAGAAAAUAUCCCUCUUCGGAUAAGACAUGCCCCUGUUUUUCUAAAGACUUCUCACACAAUAGACAUGUCAGAAGGGAGCUCUGUAACAGUUAAUAUGACAGCAAAAGCAUAUCCGGAAAAUAUAAUUUACAUCUGGAGUAAACGGGGAGUUGCAAUAAAGAACAGAGAUAAGACACACCGGAUAUUUGUUAUUGGACCAAUCUUAGAGAUCAGGAAUGUUACUAGAAAGGACUCUGGUUCUUAUGAAUGCGCUGCUGAAAAUGAUGAAGGACAAAGUCGAAAUACUGUAACAAUCAAUGUUUUGUACGGUGCCACAGUAGAGUCUGUGAAAAUUACAACUCCUUCAGGGCCGAUACUGGAAGGCAACGAGGUCACUUUAGAAUGCAAGGCAACAGCUCAUCCUGCCAAAACGGAUAUGAUAAAGUGGAGGAUAAAAGGAUUGGUCCGAAAUAGUCGGCCAACCUACGAUAGUACUAAAUCGAUACUUCACAUCGCCAAUAUCUCAAGGGAGCACCGAGGCCCUGUCGAAUGCUGGGCGGACAAUGGCAUAGCAGCUCCUUCCGUUCUAUCAGUACUGCUUAAUGUUCUCUACAAACCCGUUAUUUUGCAAAGUGGUGGUGAGAUGGACAAUAAUAGUGGUCGAAUCAAAUGCGUCGUUGAUGGAAAUCCAAAUGUAACCAUUGUGUGGACAUUCAACAACACAGUUAUGAAGGAAAACAUAAAUAAAUAUGAAAUUUCCUUAACGCAUAUGAGUGACAAUCAAUGGGCAUCCUUACUAACUAUAAGUAAUAUAGUUGCUGACGACUAUGGAAUAUAUUCAUGUGUCGCAAAAAAUAACCUUGGCUAUAGCUCUGCUGACAUUUUUCUUAACGAAAAAGGAGUAUUUCCUGAUGUUAAUACUCCAGCUUUGGUCCCAAGAGAGAGUCCAAGUCAUUCAUCGAUCGUAAAAUCUUGGUGGAUUAUAGCAGCGAUCGGAGGAGCAGUGAUAGUACUUAUAUGCUGCGCUUUGCUUAUGUGUUGUUUACGAAAAAAGACUAAUAGAACCACGCCGCAAAGAACUCAAGAAACACGUCAUAUUGACGUUAAUACAUUUGCUACUGAUGAUGUCUGCAACAAGCUGUUGCUUACUGGUGAUGUCAAAUCUGUACUUUUAUGUGGCUCAGAAAAACAGCAUAUUCCUCUUCAUGAUUUUCAGGGUCAUUCUGUUUUUACUAUUGAAGACACAUAUAAAUUGGAUAAAUUGCAAUCUAGACAAUUGGGUGAAAGUGGAAAAAACUCAAUACCUAUAGAUAUUGAUAUUCACGAAACUAUAGUCGAAGAAAUUCCACAUUCUUUGGAUACUUCAAGUGGAAACUGCCCAGAUAUAUUACGGAAUGAAAAGUGUGCUUGUUUAACUGCUUCCAAAAUUGCAGUUGAUGAAGAAAAUUCACCUGACUCUGUAAGUCCAGACAGUCCAAAAUUCAACUCGACCCCUUCUGGAUCAAUUGAAUCCUGCCUAAGUGUAUAUCAUGAGAAAACUUCCAUAAGAUCUCUGACAGGAGGAUACUAAGUAUUGAUUGGAUAACGGGGGUGAAUCAUUCAGCAAAUGAGAAGCGGAGAUAAAAUAGAGAAACUUUUUCCAAGAAACCAUGGAAAUGUAUCUACGAUUGAACUUUAAAAGAUCAUAAUAUUGCUUGAGCACUUAACAGAUCGUGGAGACCAUUGGAUCAGUAUAUGGAGGCUAAGAACUCCGGAUGAUUUGAUAACAUUUCAAAGGCAGACUGUUAGGUGGUGAUUUACUGAAUUUGUUGAUAUUAAAUUGCGGAAAGAUGUUUUAAUGGCAAACAAAUGGUAGGUCAUUGUAUUUAAAUUUUCAAAAAAGUAUUUCACAUAAAGAAUUAAUCGAAAAUUAUAUUUCUUACUAUAAAAUGUUUGUAAAUAAAUACAUAUACUUAGUAU